UUGAAUGUCCAUUUACCGGUAUGUGGACAUUUAAACAAGUUGGACAACCAAACUCUUUAAUUCAAACACGUAUUCGUGGUGGUGUAACCCCACGACCACGUGAUCAUGGGUGGUAUAUAACUUGUGAUCCACAAUAUAUGGUAUCACAAUGGUCAAUAUGUGGUGAUCAAACAAAAUCAAUGUUUGCAGAUCGUGAAUAUUGUCGACAAUUAGAUCCAUAUGGCACACCCAUUGGUGUUUAUGAACAACCAGAUUAUAUUUAUCAAUGUGCUGGAUAUUGGAGAGAAGAUUCCCGAUCAAUGAUGGUGACAUAUGAUCGUGAUGAUCCAUAUAUAAAUUAUAAAUGUUGGGUUUAUGAAAGAAGAGAUUUGACAACAAUAACAUUAUCAAGAUCAGCUGGUUCAGCUUGUGGUUUUAAUCAAACAUCUGAAAGUUAUAAACCAGAAGAUGGUGCUGAUCUUGCUGUGACACUUAUUGAAGCAGAGCGUAUUCAUGAUGAUUGUCCAAUUCGUUAUGAUGAUGGUCGAAAUGUAUUUGUUGAUUUAGAAGAAUUUAAUUUUUAUUAUGCCAAAUCAUCAAAAUGUGCAAUUGAUAAAAUUAUGGUUAUAAUGUUAAUGAUAAGACCAUUAAUAUUAUUAUUUCUAAUAUUAAUCAAUGAAAAAGUAAAAAGUCAACUUCGAUGUACAUUUGAUCGUCCAUUAUUAGGAGAAUAUUAUUCAUAUGAAAAUGGUCUUGAAACUCAUACAUCAUUAAAAGAAAAUGGUGAUAUAGAUAGACUUUUUUAUCGUCGUCAAUCAGGUCUUGGUGCUACUGCAAGUAUUAUAACAAUUCUUGAUAAUCAUGCACUUGGAGAAUGUUUUCGUCUUGAAUGGAGAGAAAAUCCUUUUGAUCAUGCUUCAAAACAUCAUUAUGAACUUAUUUAUCGAGAUAAAGAAAAAUCAUGUUAUCAAUGUUAUCAAUUGUAUAAUCGAACACGAAAUAUUGUUCAAAUACGAAAAAGUGAAUGUAAUGAAAUAACUUCCAUUGUAACAAAUCAAAUGAAUUUUCAAGAUCUUUGUGCAAGUAUUAGUUUAGAUGCUGAUUUUGAUACAUUAUUUUCAAAAACUUAUUCUGCUGAAGAAUGUCGUGCAACUAUUUAUGGAACAUUUCAUUUUACAUAUGAAUUUCGUGAAGGUGGUAUUGGAAUAUGUGAUAAUCCAAUUUCACGUUUAGUUUCUUGUCCUGAUCCUGGUACACCAUUUGAAGCUGUUAAUGAACGAUUUUGGAUGACAUAUGGUUAUUGUCGUGAUCUUGUUUCAUCUAUAGAUGCUCAACCACUUUAUCAAUGUUUGGGUUAUUGGAUAAAUGAUAAAGGUGAUAUAUUUACUGGAAUAGCAAAUGAACGUGUUGGAUCAGAACGUUGGUAUGAUAAAUUUCGUUGUAUGUUAACAAGACAAGAUCAACCACAAUGGUUUGCCAAAUCUUUAUUUGCGGAAUGUUCACGAUUAUAUUCUCCAACUGAUGGACCGGAAAAAGUUAUUAUUACACCAAUUAUUCCUGAAGUUCCAACACCAACUUGUUUUUUUCCCGAUAAUUUUACAGGAGAAUGGGUUAAUACAGCUAAUGUUAAUGCAAGAACAAUAAUUAAUGCAACACAUAUACAUGAAAUAUCUCAAGUUAAUAAUCGUGGUUGGUUAAGAGAAACAUAUUAUGUUUGUCAACAAAUAAGUCGACAACAAUUUUUAGUUAAAACAGUUACAAAAGGAGAAUGUUUUUCAUAUUAUAUUUGUUUCGAUUUCAAAGAUCGUCAUCAUAAUAUAUUAAGAUAUAGAAAAUCAAAAUCAUU